CACUUUACCCGCGAUAUUCAGUAUUGAUGUACGGCUCACUCUUUUCUCUCGUCAUUUGAAUAAUUUAAGUUCUGCUGGUCAAAAUGAAUCUUGGACAUAUUCCAGUUAAAAAACUUAUAACCUGGCCAAGUUCUAAGGAAACAUUAAGAGUGUGUUGUCAUGAAAUUCGUUCUGCUGUUAAUACCACCAUGGGACCACCGCCUAGCUAUAUAGGAGGACACGAAGGAAAAUUACUUCAAGUCGUCUUUGAAGCUUUAGGGUUAAAUUUCGAUAUUGUGAUCCCUAAUGAUGAUGCAUGGGGAAUGCCAGAUGAAAACAAUGUUUGGUCAGGAUGCCCGGGCAUGAUCCAAAGAAAUGAAGCCGAUGUAGCAACGUCUGCUAUGCUUCAAAACUAUUGGAGCUUUCAAUUUUCCGACCAGUCAUUCAGCUACAGAGAUGAAGGCGCCUACUUUGUAGCCAAGACUCCUGGUUUUGUUCCGAAGCCUUUCGUUAUUUUCCAGACAUUUAAAGUCGGUGUAUGGAUAUCAAUUUUGAUUACGCUUUUCGUUCUUGCGUUGGCGUAUUAUUUCAUUAUGGGUAAGAAGUACUCAUACGGUAGCCAAUUGUACAGCAGAGUCGCUGAGUUAUUGCUUCAAGAGCCAACGGUCAAAAUCAUUCCUAAAGCUUCUCAGGAAAUAAUAACUUUGUUUUGGUCAAUUGCAGUUCAGUUUUUAACAUUAUCGUAUGUGGCGGUUAUUUUGACAGCUAUGAUGGCACCCAAAACGGAGCGGCCUAUCAACAAUGAAGAAAGGGUCUUAGAAGCUGUGCGAUCAGGAAAAUAUCAAGCAGUUACGCCUAUGGACAUGCCAAUGUAUCUGGAUAACUUAUUAAAUAAUGCUAGACCCACUUUCGUGAAAAUUGGUGAAAUUAUACGGGAUAACAACUGGAAGUACGCAAUAACCAGGAAGAACUAUGCAAAGCACCUGAAAGAUAAUUGGAUCAUUGCCACAUCUAUGUUUACGCGCCAAUUGAACAAUCCACUUGGCAACCCGAUUGUGGUAUCCGAAGAUCCGAUUUAUCAUGCUAGAUUGUGUUAUCUAAUGCGAAAGAAUUUUCCCUUUAGACACAAAUUAGAUAAUAUUAUGAUGCGAAUAUUGGAGGGUGGAAUUUUCACAAAAUUAUACGAGCAUGAUCUCUUUCAAAGGAAGUUGAAAGACAUAGACGAUUUUCGCGACACACAUGAAGAAACUGGAUCUUUUAAGAUUCUUUCACUGGUAGAUCUCCAGGGUGCUUUCUAUGUACUCAUUUUUGGUUACUCAAUUUCCGCGAUUGCUUUGUUGUUUGAAAUUAUCGUUGAUAAAUGCGUAAAAAAAAUGGAAAACGAUGAUGGAUCGUUAGAAGUUUCCGUAAAUAAGCCUUCGCCAACAGCAGAAAACAAUGAUGAUUUAAUUUUAGAAUAGGCCAAAAUAGAAUUAUUGGCAUAGUCACUAUUAAACGUUAUCAAUGCCUUGCAUAAACAUUGUAGCACCAUGUAUUCGAUUCUUAUUAAUAUUGUUAUUUACAUUCAGAAUUUUGAAAAAAAUCCUUUUGAAACUGCCAGCGAUUUGUAAAAACUGGGCAAGAAGUAUAAAAUUGG